AUGUUCCUACUUAUUACCUAUUUACUCAAAAUUACUUACCAACAAACUCUUUUUUAUUCUGCAUUCACUGACACUACUUUAACAAAUGCUGAAAGUAUCAUAUUUAUUAAUAUAAGAUUGGUCAUUUAUUGGAAUUAAUCCUCUUGAUGUCAUCUAAUUAUGUGGUCCUUAUAGUAUUGUAGGUGGAUAUGAAAAAUUUGCACUUGGAAUUGCUGCUACUAAAUUCUUAUUAUUACCUCCUCAUUAUAAAAUCUAAAUUUCAUUCACUCUUUUUAUGUAAUUUUUGAUAUUUAAUAACAGAAUUGAUACAUGGGAUCAAAAUGAAUACUUCCACUUGUAUGUAGAUGAAAGCUUAGUUUAUAAUAAAGCAUACUCCUAUGAACAAGCCUUUAAUAAUAUUUGUGGGUAAACAGGAAAUCACAGAUCAGACUCCUUUUAUGAAAUUUAAUUUGAAUUUCCACAUACAGGAACAACAACAUUCAUUCAAUUGACAAGUACUUUGGAUUAAAUACCUUUUGAUGUAUAAUUAUUUCUAAAAAUAGGAAUCAUGGGGUUUUAGGAAUUUCAGAAUUUUCCUUUAUUUAUGUCCAUCUGGAUGUCUCACUUGUUCUUAAUCUGAUACAUAAACAGAAUGCAAAACCUGGAUCAUUACUAAUACAUUCUUUACUGAAACUUAAUACGAUUCAUUUUCAACUGAUGGUUGGAAUAUUCUCAAUGGUGAUUAUACAAAAUAAUAAUGUUCAAGUAAUAAAACUUUAAUUAAAAUAGUGAUACCAAGUACUUGUGGCUAUGGUGUUUGUGGGAAAGAUACAAUAUUGACUUUGAACUUGGUUUCUCUACCAUUCCAUACAAGAAUGAAAAUUAAAUUCAAAUAUCUCAAAAUAGAUAGUUGGGAAUAUAAUGAUUAUGCUAUUUUAUAAGUAAAUCAAAAUCUUAGAUGGAAGUAAAGACUAUCAGAAUUAAACUAAUACUUAUAUUAAAUAUGUGGAGGAUCUGCUUAAGACACUUUUAUUAAUGUUGAGCUUACUUUUCCGCAUUACUUAACAUCUUCAACAAUCACAAUAUCAAAUACAUUAGAUCAAAUAUAUAGUGAUGAAUCAUUUGGAAUAAGAGAUAUAGAAAUUUUUGUGUGUAAAUAAUUCAUACCAUAAAUAGAAUAAUCAAUAUGUGGAGAUACAAUUAUUCAAGAAAAUGAAGAAUGCGAUGAUGGGAAUUUGGAUCCUUUCGAUGGAUGUUUCAAUUGCGUUUUUUCUUGUGUAGAUGGAUGUUCAUUAUGUCAUAAAGGUAUUUGCUUAGGCUGUUAUUCUGGAUGGUUAUAUUUAAGAUAUGCUUCAACUUGUGAAAAAAUAUCUUAUAUUAAUUCUGCUAGUUAAAUUAUUGCUAAAUCUGAUACAAUUUGUUAUGAUUAUAUUGAAGGUUGUUAAGAAUGUUUAAAUGGAAUAUGCAUUUAAUGUUAAAAAGGAUACUAAUUGAAAUAAGAGAGUAAUGAUUGUUAAUCAAUUUGUGGAGAUAAUAUAGUAACAAUUGAUGAGGAAUGUGAUGGAUAAAAUUGUAUUUAGUGUAAAUUCAUUUGUCCAAACUUUUGUGAUUAAUGUGAAUUUGGUGUUUGUUAAGUAUGUUAAUAAGAUUAUUAUUUAUAAAAUAAUUAAUGCAUUAAAUAGACAAUAAAUUUAUGUUAAACUUAAUGUGAAGUUUGUAUUGAUAGUGUUUGUUAUAAAUGUUAAUAUGGACAUAAUCUUGUUUUAGGAGAGUGUUAAGAAAUUUGUGGUAAUAAUAGUUUAGCAUUAUAUUCUCUUGAUGAAUGUACAUGUAAUCCUUUUUGCUUAGAUUGUAGAUUUGGAUAUUGUUAUUAAUGUAGAUAAUCUUAUUAUUUAAUAAAUAAUACAUGUAUAAAUAUAUGUGGAGAUAUGAUUGUUUCAGAAGAUGAAGAAUGUGAUGAUGGUAAUGAAAUAGAAUUUGAUGGAUGUUUUGGAUGUUAAUUUUCAUGUCCAUUAAAUUGUAAAGAUUGUUAAGAAGGUAUCUGUUUAGAUUCAUGUUAAUAUGGUUAUUAAUUAAUUAAUAAUGAAUGCAUUACAAUUUGUGGUGAUUUAAUAAUAGCAGGAACUGAAUAAUGUGAGGAUAAUAAUAAAAUAAAUUAUGAUGGAUGUUAUUAAUGUUAAUAUUCAUGUCCUCUAUAUUGUAAUGAUUGUAUAAAUGGAUAAUGUUUAAUGUGUGAUCUUGGAUAUAUAUUGUAUGAAAAUAUGUGUACAAAUAUUUGUGGUGAUGGAGUUUUAUCUAAUUUAGAAUAAUGUGAUGAUGGAAAUCAAAAUGAUGGAGAUGGUUGCUCAUCUAAUUGUUUUGUUGAAAUUAAUUGGAUUUGUAAAUAGGAUGAUGUUUGUAAUUAUGUUAAGUAUCCUACUCUUAUUUCUGAAUAUAUAAUGUAGAAAAAUUAAUAUCAAUAUAUCAAAAUUACAUUCUCUUAACCAGUAUAAACAUUAUCAAAUAUCAAUUAUAUAGAUACCAUCAAUGCAUCAAUUAUGGAUUUAAAUGAAACUCUCUUUAAUAUCACAAUUAUGGAAGUUUAACCAGCUCUAUUUAAUAAAACAUCUGAAGUAUAAUAUGUGAUGUAAAUUGAAAUAUUUUAGAGUCUUGAUUACUAUCCUAUCUUAGAAAUUAAGUUAACUGAACAAUUAUAUAAUGAUAAUUAAGCGUCUUUGAUAUUUAUGAUUGAUUAUUUGUAAUUAAAGUAACCAAAUUAUAUUACUGAAGAAUAGAUAUAAAUAGCUAGUACCUUUUAAUAAAUAAAUGAAGUUUCAGUUAAAUCAUUAUGUCUCCUUACAAUUUUACUUAUGUUAUUAGGAAAUGCACUCUCUUUUUGGGGUAUCUUGGAUGCUCUUUAAGAAUAAUCAUAUCUCAAAUUUAUUAAUGUUUUAUAUCCCUAAACAUUAAUAAUUUAUUUUUCAUCUAGUAAAGUGGUAUCAGUUUAACCAGCUUUAGAUACUAUUACACUUUAUAAAAAUGAAGGAAAAUUACUUUAAUUUCCUUAUUUGUAAUCUUAUGAAAAGUUUGAGUUUUAUGAAAUCAACGCUGAUAUUGCUGAAGGAUUUAGAGCUGAAUUAUUCAUCUUUGCCACUCUAUUUGGUAUUUACAUAGGUACUUCAUAUGGAGUUAAGAUUUUAUAAAAAUUGGAACUAUCAGAAUUCUUAUCGAAAUAACCUAAAUUAAUUAGAUUAAUUUAAAAAAUAAAACAAAAAGUUAAUGCUAAAAUGAAAGAUGCUAAAGGAAAUGGUUUAAAAAGUACUUUACGUGCUUGUACUUGGGAUCUAAUAUUUAUGGCAUUAUUGGAAUUAAAAGCUCCUCAUUAUUUUGAAUCGCCAAGAUCAUAUAUUUGUAUUUUGAUUGCUAUUUCAAUUCUAAUAACAGCAAUAAUUAUCCUAUUAAAUUAAGUUGAAGGUUUGAAAUCUUGGAAAAAGCAAAACUUUCAUCAAUUUUGGUAAUAAAAAAGAGAUAUCUUUCAAGUUACUAAAAAGUUUCUGAUUCUCUAUAUAUUAGUAUUCUAUUAAUAUGAAUAAGAACUUUAAACAUUGAUUCUAACUUUGAUUAAUGCAUUUUACUUGGUAUACAUAAUCAAUUUCAAGUAUAUUGAUGAUAAUUUAGAAUAUGUCAAAACUAUUGUAAUGGAAACUUCAUUAACCAUUUUUACUGCUUCAACAUUUGUAAAUUGGAAUAUUGUUUCUAAUUAUCUUCUAUAUAGUUAAAGAAUUAUAAUUGGUUGGAUAUAAAUGUCGAUAUUAGUUAGUGUUUUAAUCAUCUUUAUUUUUAUUGAGUUAUUUAAUACUUAUUCAUUAGUAAAGAAGAAAAUAAUAGAAUCAAGAGAGAAAAAAAAUAGAUAAAAAAUUAAUCAAAAGUAAAAGUAAAAUCAAGAAGAUCUAGAGUAAGGAAUUUAAAAAUAAAAAAGUACUAUAAUUAAGGAGAAAACUAUAUUUUCUAGAGCACAUUAUACAAGCAAAGUUUAACCUUAAAAAAUUUGA